AUGAGUUCGGUGUUGAACGAAAGAAGGGAUGCAGAAUGGAAGAAAACGUGGACAGGAAACACUUUGUUAUCUGCUCCUCCUCUUUCACUACUGGCCAUAGUUGGCAUAGUAGUGUUCUUGUUGUGGCUUUCAUCAUAUUUGAAUUUGAAUUACAAGUACACUGCCAUGCAGAUGGCCACGACCAACUUAAAGAUGUUGCUCUUGUUUUUGCCUCUUGUGUUGACCCUCAUGGCCCAAGGUGGACGCCUCGUGGUUCCAGCAUCAAGUGUGGCUCGUUUCCACGAUAGAGAUGAGGAGUCAGAAUCAUCAAUAUAUUGGGGAUGGGUUACCUUUGUUGUUUUUCUUUUGGUUUUGAUAUCCUAUCGACUACACCCUAUCUUUGUCAUUGCAAUAGUAUUUUUGUAUGUCUACAUAUUAUCAGCGUAA